AUGGAGGACAAUAACAACAACAACAGCAACAGUAGCAUCCUCAGAACUCAUGUGUCACCAUCAUCACCACCACCUUCUCCUCCUAUGGUUUCCUUCAUUGCUGCUCUUGCAAUUGCAAUGCUAAUCUUCAUGUGCAUCUAUGUUUUUUCAACCAUUGUUUCUGUGGCGAUAGUUCUCACUCUUUGCAUCAUUAGUGUGUUCCUUUGCAGGGUUAUCCAUAACAGGCGUGGAUUGGAUACUGAAUUGAGAGAAAGAACCAAUUUUUAUGCACAAACCCAACAAAAUAACCAAAGGGUUGUGAGAAUUUUUGAUAAGCUUUUCUGGGUUGUUGAGGAAAGAGGAAACCAGAGGGUGAUAGGAUCUAUUGUAUGUUUUGGAAGCCAAGCAAUGGCAUCAUCAAAUAGCAAUGAGUGUGCAAUUUGCUUGGAGGAUUUCAAGAAGGGAGAAGAAUGCUUGGUUUUCUCUGUUUGUGGCCAUACUUUUCAUUUUGAUUGUAUCAACCAUUGGAUAGAGAAGAAACCCAGUUGUCCAAUUUGUCGUCAAUGUAUCCCAUCAUCCAUGGUAACAAAAACUAGAAGUAUAGAAUUCUUGGCCAAUUUAGUUUAA